CCAUGGCAGCUAACACAGGAAAACUCGCAGGCCGUACGUUGUUUAUCACCGGAGCCAGUAGAGGUAUUGGUAAAGCCAUUGCCCUCAAAGCUGCUCGAGAUGGGGCCAACAUUGUAGUGGCUGCGAAAACUGCAGAUCCUCAUCCAAAACUUCCUGGAACCAUCUUCACUGCUGCUAAGGAGAUUGAAUUGGCAGGAGGACAAGCCCUCCCAUGUGUAGUGGACGUGCGGGAUGAGGGAUCUGUGCAGCAGGCCAUAGAUAAUGCCAUACAGCAGUUUGGUGGCAUCGAUGUUGUUGUGAACAAUGCCAGCGCCAUCUCCCUCACAGGAACCCAGGAGACUUCCAUGAAAAAAUAUGAUCUCAUGCAUCACAUUAAUACCAGAGGAACCUACCUUGUAUCCAAGUCAUGCAUUCCACACUUGUUAAAGAGUCCAAACCCACACAUCUUGAAUAUAUCUCCUCCUCUCAACAUGAGGCCACGCUGGUUCCAGAACCAUGUUGCUUACACCAUGGCCAAGUAUGGAAUGUCUAUGUGUGUGCUAGGCAUGGCUGAAGAAUUCAGAGAUAAUGGCAUUGCAUGUAAUGCACUAUGGCCACGUACUGGUAAGAUUUUCUUAUAGUUAUUUGAUGCUCUU